AUGGCCACCAACAUCACCUUCCACGCCGCCGCCCUGACCCGCAAGGAGCGCAACGACCUGCGCAAGCAGCAAGGUCUUACCAUCUGGCUGACCGGCCUCUCCGCCUCGGGCAAGUCUACACUAGCCGUCGAACUGGAGCACCAGCUGCUGCACGACCGCGGCGUGCACGCCUACCGUCUGGACGGCGACAACAUCCGGUUCGGCCUGAACAAGGACCUGGGCUUCAGCGAGUCCGACCGCAACGAGAACAUCCGCCGGAUCGCCGAGGUGGCCAAGUUGUUCGCUGAUUCCUCCGCCAUCGCCAUUACCUCGUUCAUCUCGCCCUACCGCAAGGACCGUGAGACCGCCCGCCAGCUGCACGAGGUGCCCACCCCCGGCGAGGAGACGGGGUUGCCUUUCGUCGAGGUCCACGUUGAUGUCCCCGUUGAGGUUGCUGAGCAGCGUGAUCCCAAGGGACUGUACAAGAAGGCUCGGGAGGGUAUUAUUAAGGAGUUCACUGGUAUCAGUGCCCCCUAUGAGGCGCCCGAGAAGCCCGAGGUGUACAUCAAGAACGUGGAUCUGGCUGUCCCCGAUGCUGUGAAGCAGAUCAUUGAUUACCUCGACUCCAAGGGUUAUCUGCCCCCCAAGAAGGAGUAA